AAUAUUUCCGUUAACGAUACGUGAAAAAAAAACCAUUAUUGUCUGAUUGUAAUAUUUUCCUCCAUAUUACAUUCAAUUGCUGUGGUGUGAAAAAUGAAUUUGAUCAUGAAACCAUUAAACCCCAAACGAAUUGCUGGAAUUAUCCUGGUAUGCUUGUUUCAAAUCACAUGCACGCCAAUAGUGGAAGCAAUAACAGGUGGACACAACAUCAUUCAAGGAAUUCAUUGGAUUUACAAGUAUCAAGACGAGGUAGUGUACGAUGCGGACGCGGUGGGUGCGUUGUACGAUAUAGAAACCUUGGCACAGGACGCGUAUCAAAUUGACUCUGGUGACAUCGAAAGACUGACAACACCUUGCGAAGGCGACAAACAAUGUGCCAUGGAAAAGACGGCGGCCAUAGUAAAAUACAAUUCAAAAGUAGAGUGCAUUCAAUGCAUGAACGCGGUCUUGAUGACGAUUAUAGUGCCGAAAGUCUACGACGGCGACCAUCGCAUAAAACGGCAGGUCACUUUAAAGAGCGUGUCCAGGGGCAGUGUGAACCAGUACAAACGGAUAGUGUGGCGCAUGUUGUCGCUUAUGUAUUUCUUCAAAGUCCAGACGCACAAUUACCUGUGGCACUUGUUCCUCAGAGUGUCGGUGGCCGAGAACCCGGCGGUUUACGAAAAAGUGGCCAAAGACUCAAAAGGCAAAGAAAUGUUGAUGUCAGAAUUGGCGCAGCAUCUGGACCUGUGCCGACAAAACAACUAUCUACCAGCGAAUUACGGUCUGACGCCGGCCAAUCAAGCGGACGAAGACAAACAAGUAAUCGUACUCGGCCGGAAACUUUAUGAAGUCAACCAGCCCGACGAUCCGUUCCUGAGCAGCGUGUAUGAUUUUGCCGACCAGUUCGACAUUAAGUUCCUGUCGCUGUCGCACACUUAUCCCGACGAAGACGACCUGUUGGAAAAAUCCGGGAUACAAAUAAACUGGGAGAACACCAAGUUGCUGUUCAACGUCAACAAGCCCGACGGUCUACACGCGUUCGUUCUGCGACCGUUCGACUUCACGGGAUACCAUCGGUUGGCAAUGCGCGCGGUCCAGGCCAACCUACUGUACCUGGCGUGGAUACACUGUGCCAUGUUGCAAGACAUGCUGGACCAAUCUUUGCCCAAAAUCGCCAUCGAUGCGUCGACCACUCGCAAGCUAAAUGUCUUCCACAAGCAGCUAACCGCGCCACUGUCGACGGCCGUCCGGGAUCUGGGCCUCGAAGAUCCGGUGUUCGAAAAUUUCAUUGUAAACCUAGAAAUCAUCAUCAAUAAAGAUAUCGAUUUCAUCAGAAGUUUUGCCAGCCAAGCGGCGGCGAUGAUCGAGGAAGUGAAGAACAUCGUCUUGGAAGAUCUACGGGAACUCGGUGUGUCCUCACAUCAUGCACAAACGCUGUUCGAUUCGCCGUUGCUGGCCAAGAUGAAAAUGGAAUCAAAUACAUCCGAGUUGACGUACUUUGAACACAUCGCCAAUCUUCGAGAUUACGCGGGUAUCGUAAAAAACAUUAUGGCACCGGUGGACUUUAAUUUCGUUAAAUACUUCCUCGCCGGCAAGUCUAAACUGUACGAAACAUUUUAUUUUGAAGUUCUUCGUGGAUAAUGUGCAAAAAAAAACCUUUCCACUGUAGUUUUUAUAACUAUAUAUUAUUAUUAUUAUUAUUAUUGUAUUACUAUAACAUUAUUAUAACUCUUGGAUAUUGAAAUAACAAUAAACUGAAAUUAUAUAUUUAA